AUGCCUCAAGCAGUUUCGUUGCCCACCUGGGCUUCCCUAGAGGAGCACUACAAGACCGUUGGCAAGACCUUCGUCUUGAAGGAAGCCUUCGCCUCUGACCCAUCUCGUUUCGAAAAAUUCAGCAAGACCUUCAGCAACAGCGGCACGGAUAUCCUAUUUGAUUUCAGCAAGAACCUCGUUACUGAAGAGACGAUCAAUCUACUAGUAAAACUUGCAGAGGAUGCUGGCCUCGAGAAGAAACGUGAUGCUAUGUUUGCAGGUGAGAAGAUUAACUUCACCGAGCAACGAGCUGUCUACCACACGGCAUUGCGGAACGUGGGCGGCUGGGAGAUGAAGGUGGAGGGACAAGAUGUCAUGAACGUCAAGGGUGGCGUAAAUGAAGUCUUGCAGCAUAUGAAGGAAUUCUCCGAGCAGGUCAGGAGCGGGGCAUGGAAGGGAUUCACCGGGAAGAAGCUGACUACUAUUGUCAACAUCGGCAUUGGUGGUUCUGACCUGGGACCUGUUAUGGUUACCGAAGCUCUGAAGCACUAUGGUGCUAAGGACAUGACGCUACACUUUGUUUCCAACAUCGACGGUACCCACAUGGCUGAAGCCCUUGCUAACUCUGACCCUGAGACAACUCUCUUCCUUGUCGCCUCCAAGACUUUUACCACCGCCGAGACUACCACGAACGCGAACACCGCAAAAUCGUGGUUCCUCGAGAAGACCGGCGGCAAGGGCGAGAUUGCCAAGCACUUCGUUGCCCUAUCUACCAACGAGGCCGAAGUCACCAAAUUCGGUAUCGACAGCAAGAACAUGUUUGGCUUUGAGAGCUGGGUCGGUGGUCGAUAUUCAGUCUGGAGUGCCAUUGGCCUUAGCGUCGCCCUAUAUAUCGGCUACGACAACUUCCACAAGUUCUUGUCUGGUGCGCACGCAAUGGACAAGCACUUCCGUGAAACCCCUCUCAAGGACAACAUUCCCGUCCUCGGUGGUCUAUUGAGCGUUUGGUAUGGCGACUUCUUUGCCGCGCAAACACAUCUAGUUGCUCCCUUUGACCAAUACUUGCACCGCUUCCCCGCAUACCUGCAGCAACUUUCUAUGGAAUCAAACGGCAAGACCAUCACCUCGGACGGCUCGCCUGCCAAGUAUACUACUGGACCCAUCCUCUUUGGUGAACCUUGCACCAACGCCCAACACUCAUUCUUCCAACUCGUCCACCAAGGUACCAAGUUGAUUCCCACCGACUUCAUUCUCGCCGCCAAGUCCCACAACCCCAUUUCCAACAACCUGCACCAGAAGAUGCUGGCAUCCAACUACUUUGCGCAGGCCGAGGCUCUCAUGAUCGGUAAGACACCCGAGCAGGUCAAGAGCGAAGGUACACCUGAUGAGCUUGUACCUCAUAAGGUCUUCCUGGGUAACCGGCCCACUACAAGCAUCUUGGUGAGUGAUGUGAUUGGACCUGCCGAAUUAGGUGCUCUCAUUGUCUAUUAUGAGCACCUAACCUUCACCGAGGGAGCAAUCUGGGACAUCAACUCCUUCGACCAGUGGGGUGUCGAGCUGGGCAAGGUUCUCGCUAAGAAGAUUCUCAACGAGCUGGAUGAGUCUGGCAACAGCGAAGGUCACGACGCUAGCACGGGUAGCCUUAUCAGCGCGUUCAAGAAAUUUUCGAGCGCUUGA